AUGACUUUGGCAAUGAAACGAGAUCAAGCCAAUGAUCAGAAUUAUUAUAAUGGUGGAAAUGUGGACGAAAACAUGAUUAUACUUAGAAAAAGGAUUCAAGAGAUGAAGAUGAUAGAGAAGAAUUACGAGCCACCAACAGAAUGGAUGGAUUGGGAGAAGAACAUUUAUGUGAAUUAUAAUUCGAGUAUUUGUGAAGCCAUGGGAUUAUUGCAAUAUUUGUUGAUGAAUACAAGGCCAAGCUUGGCUUUAGGGAUGGUUGUACUUAUUGCAUUGAGUGUGCCCACAUCAACUUUUUUUGUACUUUUUCAUCUCGUAGAGUUUACUAAAGGGGUUUUGGCUGCUUUGCUGCUUUCCCCUUUCCCCCCAGAGGCGGACCCAGGAUUUGAAGAUGACGGGGGCACUAUUAAUGGAGAACUUUACCAAUAG